GCUAUGUUUAUAGAAUUGAUAGAACAUAACCACUUCCCAUUCCAUUAACAAAGGAAAGAUUGACAUUUCAGCUGUGUUCAACGAACGGACAUAUCAGGGCUUGUUUUCAAAAAAAGACGGCGGAAGCAAUUAUCUUUCCUCAUCUGUGACCGAUAUACGCCCUUCCACUGAAUCCAGAGCCAGUUGGAGAAGUGAAGAACAGCUGACACGCUCUCAGGAACUUCGCUACGUCCCACUUUUGAGAGAUGGAACUCCUACCGGUAAAAGGAGAGUGACAUCGUAUUCACCACGAUCAUCUCCUGUCCCAGCAGGUGUACCAUCGAGUCCUUUCACACCUCGCAAGGGAUUCGUCUACGAAAUGGCCAGGAAAUAUGAGCAAGAGCAUCCAAACGAAAAUGUUUUCACGAGGAGAACCUUUCUGAGGAAAUCCGACUGGAAGAGUCCCAAGCAGACCUCAACCUCUGGCAGAGCAGUAACAGGCUCUAUGUCCACCAUCGGUAGUGGAGCAGUUCCCAACUAUAGCACUAGCACUGGAUCAAGUGUCUUACCCACCACGGGGACUGAUGCAGCUUGCACUACAGGACAUGGGAGUGAUUCCAAUGUGACUACUGGCUGUGGAACAGCUUCUACCUCCAAAAUUGGUGAUGGAGUGGUCUCGAGGACCAGCAGUGUCAGUCUGCCUCCAAGAAGGGAAUCAGAUUCUGGAAAAAUCUCGGUUCACAGCGCAGUCUACGCGAUAGAACAUCCUUCCUCACCAAGGCCUUCCACAGCUACAACUACAAGUGUGGCUAAAGAAGGGAAGAAUAACAACGAUACGGAAACAAGGCAAGUUCAUAAUCUAACUAGAAACAAUAGUUCAUAUUAA